AGAUCAAGUUCAGUUCAGUCAUGCGGGAGUUUUGUGACAACACAACAGCGCACGGUCUGGGGAGGAUACAUUUUGUUAAUCAUUGGAUCAGGAAAGUGUUCUGGAGCUUAUUGUUUAUUGGCGCUGUCACAAUGCUUUGUAUUCAAGUACACACUUUGUUCGACAAAUAUCGAAAGCGACCGCUGACAACUUUAGUCACAGUAAAAACAGAGACGAGUCUGGAAUUUCCUGCAGUAACAUUUUGUAACUUCAACGCCAUGAAGAACUUCACAAUUCAAAGUGGCGAUAAGAAGCUGACGGAUAUUGUUCAUCAACUGCAAGCACAAAAUUCGUCAAAAGUGCCGGGUAACGAUACUUCCGAAGCAGUAUCUGAAAGCAGCAACACAGAAGACAUCGAGUGGAGCCAAGAAGACUUCCAAGACCCUGAAGAUCUUGAUACGAUAUAUCAAAGAGGAAAGGAAAUGUCAGUGUUUUUGGCGAAAGAGGACUUGCAGACUCUCACUUUACUGGGACAUCAGUUUAGUGAUAUGGUCCUGUCUUGCACAUUUAGAGGAAUGUCAUGCAGAAACUACACAACAUGGAACUGGACAUCAUUCUGGCAUUACAAGUACGGAAACUGUUUUGUAUUUAACGGUGGCCAAGUGAAUGGAGUUCCAGUGGACAUUUUGAGAUCGAACAAUCGCGGCCCUUCUGAAGGUCUCAAUCUUGAAAUUAAUAUUGAUCAAGAAGAAUACAUCGGCCAACUGACUCCACAGGCAGGAAUAAGAGUGGAUAUCUCCAAACCGGGAGAAAUGCCAUUCCCUUUGGAAAAAGGAGUGAGUUUGGCUCCAGGGUACGCUACAAUGCUUGGACUUAGAAAGAUAAUCAAAGAAAGAAAAGACCCUUUCAACACAAAGCGUUGCCUGAAUUCAGUUGAUCGAGAUGACAAUAACCUAUACACUCGCAUUUUUAACGUAACCUACUCGUCUACGGCUUGCAGAGAAUCAUGUCUGGCUUACAAUCAAUUCGAGAUUUGUGGUUGCGUGGAAUACAGAUUUCCAGCUGAGGGACUAUUCAACAUUUGCAGUGUCACCAACAUUAAAACACUAAAGUGCCUCAGCAGAGUUCAAAACCUCUAUAAAAACAACAGAUUGAACUGCACUCAGUCGUGUCCACCUCCAUGCAGACUGGAAGAGUUCAAAAUAAGUUCUUCAUUCGCUACCUGGCCUUCGCAAAACUAUGAGAAGUAUUAUCAAGAGAUAGUGCUAGAAAAUUACAACAGAUUACUCAUCACCAAAUCUGGAUCCCACAGAAAAAAUGUUUUGAAACUGCAAGUUUUCUUCGAAGAUCUUGACGUGGAGGUCGUUUCAGAGCAACGUUCAUAUGAACUGGUCAACUUUGUGUCAGACAUCGGUGGUCAACUUGGCCUAUGGAUUGGGUUCUCUGUGCUGACUCUGGCUGAGUUCUUAGAGCUUAUUAUGCUACUGUGUCAUCUGGCUGUCAAGAAAUGCUUCAAGAAGAAUGGCACGUCUGAGAGUUAUCUUCCGAAUUAAGGCUGAAUGGAUUAUGAAAGGCGAAGGAUUU